AUGACCUCUUUUCCACAAUGGAACAUCCCACCAGAGCUGUGGCAGGGCCUUUCACAGCUCGCCUCACCAACCGGCCUCGCCGACUAUGCUGCUCUGGCUGUCCUCACAGGUGCAGGAGCCACAUAUAUGUCCCGCGGCAUCCUCUGGGACCAGCCGGAUCCCUACGCUCACCUCGCAUUCGAGCGACCCCAGCUGAAGAACGGCGGGCAGAUGGGUGCUGGCGCUGGUAAAGAAACGCGAAACAUCGCCCAGAAACUCGAGGAGACGGGCAAGAACAUUGUCGUCUUCUGGGGAUCCCAGUCCGGGACCGCAGAAGGCUUUGCCCACCGGCUCGCCAGAGAGAUCUCCGUUCGGUGGGGCCAGGAGAGCAUGAUGGCAGAUCUCUCGGACUAUGACCCCGUGACAAUCAGUGAGAUUCCGCAGUCGAAGCUGGCUAUCUUUAUUGUCUCGACGUAUGGCGAGGGUGAUCCCAGUGAUAACACUGCGGAGUUUUGGACCUGGAUUACGAAGGCUAGUGGUGUCUCGCUGUCGAAUCUGCGAUAUGCUGCUUUUGGUCUGGGGAACACGAACUACAAGUUCUACAACCGUGUUGUCGAUGUGAUCGUGGAAGGUUUGGAGGGGUUCGGUGCUAGUGCACUCAUGCCUGCGGGCAAAGCCAAUGAUGCGGAGGGGGCAACAGAAGAAGAUUUCAUGGCGUGGAAGGACACGCUUUUCACUGUUUUUAAAGAGCGGCUGGGCUUCCAGGAGGUUGAGGCGAAGUAUGUGCCCAGCUUGGUGGUCCAGGAAGAUGAAUCCCUCGAUCCGAUCGACCUGCACCACGGCGAGCCGCACAGCCAUGCUGAUACGCCGAAGGCUGCGUCUCAGUCCUCGCCUGUUCGCUCGCUCAGUAUCUCCAACUCCAGAGAACUCUUUACUUCGUCGUCUCGAAACUGUCUACACAUGGACCUUGAUCUGAGCAGCGAGCCGGACUUGACGUACAAGACGGGCGACCACCUUGCCAUUUGGCCUGGCAAUCCCGAUGCCGAAGUUGAGCGUCUUCUCGAGGUUCUGGGGAUCUCUUCACGACGCGACAUCCCCCUUGGAAUUAAGGCGCUCGAUCCCGCAACAAAGGUCACCAUUCCCACACCGACCAGUGCUGUCGCUUUGUUCCGCUACUACCUCGAGAUCUGCGCACCCGUCAACCGAGACAAUGUUCGCGAUCUCGCACAAUUCGCACCGACCCCAGAAGCAAAGGCCUACCUUCUGCAACUGGGCCAGGACAAAGAGUUCUACGCCAGCUUCAUUGGCCGAGCACACCUCAAUCUCGGCCGUCUAUUACAACUAGCAAGUCCCAACGACCCCUGGACCAAUCUUCCACUAUCAUAUCUCGUUGAGACGCUACCGCACAUCCGAGCCCGGUACUACUCGAUUUCCUCGAGCAGCGUCGUCGCACCCCGCAAGCCCUCAAUCACAGCAAUCGUCUCCACAUCGCCACUUCCCGACAACCCAGACGAACUCGUCCACGGCGUGACAUCGAACUACCUCCUCGCCAUCUCCCAACACUCGCACUCCCAGCCCCAUCCCCACGGCAUCACCUACCACCUCAAUGGACCCAGCGACUCGCUCCAGGGCGGCAAAGUCUUCGCGCAUAUCCGCCGCAGCAAAUUCAAGCUCCCGAUCACAAGCAAGACGCCGCUAGUGAUGGUCGCCGCCGGCACGGGGCUGGCGCCGUUCCGCGCGUUCCUGACCGAGCGCUGCCAGGUGCAGAAGAUCGGGAAGGAGGUUGGACAGAUGGUUUUGUUCUUUGGUUGUCGCAACCCUGACGAAGACUUUAUUUAUCGCGAUGAACUGCAGGUGAUGCAGCAGACUCUUGGGGAUCGGUUGCGUAUUGUCACGGCGUUUUCGAGGUGCGAGGGAACGCCGCGCCAGUAUGUGCAGGAUCGGGUUGUGGAGAUGGGUCAGGAGGUUACUCGGCUGAUUGAUGAGGGUGCAAACUUUUAUGUUUGUGGGAGAGCGAGUAUGGCUCGCGAGGUGGAGAAGGCUAUUGGAGAGACUAUGCGGAAGGCUAAGGGGUGGACUGAUGAUGAGGUUAGUGGUUGGAGCAAGGCUGUGAAGAAGAAGAAUAAGUGGCAGGAGGAUGUAUGGGGUUGA